AUGGCGCGAACUCAUGUGAUUUGCCCACUCAUGUGUCUAAGUGAGUAUCUGCAGUUUUUCAAUAUCACGAUCAUCGUUGUAAGGGAGUCAUACCCAAGCUGGAGUAAAGUCGGCGCUGGUCAGCGAGAGGAGCUAGAUUGGCGCGAUGUUGUUACUGAAGCCGAGCAGAUAGUUGGCUAUCCAACUUCAUUCCUCAAUUUGAGAUGGUUGCUAAACGACGAAAUAGCAAAUACGGCUAUACAUUUAAGGAAAUUGGUUGGAACAAAUCACCCACUCUUGAAGUCAGCUAAAAAUCUACUCAUCGGUUCUAAAAGCAACCUCCAAUCCGUCGGUCUGAUAAUUCUCCUAGUAUCAAAAGCCGCCGGGUUACCCCGGGACCAUACGAAUGAUCAGCACACAUCUGGAGUUCUCCACGCUCAGAGAGCUUUAGCCGAAAUCGUCGAGAUGAAGAGAACUGGUCACAUAAUACAUAAGACGAUGGCCAAUUUGCAGGAUAAGGAAAAACAUGGGGAUAAAUACAAUGAUCUUUUGUACGGAAAUAAAAUUGUUCUUUUGACUGGAGAUUAUCUACUAGCGACAUGUUUGAAGAAUUUGGGUAAGCUUCGUAAUAACGACGUAACUGAACUUAUAUCGACUGGUCUCCGGGACCUCGUCGAGGGUGACUUUUUGGGAGAGCGUGAUUAUGAGAACAAUCCCUUGCCGAGUAGGCCUAAAGCUAGCAACGAUUUCAAAACUAACUACAACUGGCAAAGUGAAGACAAUCUCAGCAAACUUGGCUCAAACGAUUAUCUUGGUCGAGGAAAAGAUGAAUUUCUAUUACGCACAAUGCUCACGUCUGGCAGUCUGCUUGGCAAAGGAUGCCAGGGUGCCAUGAAGCUGGCACGUCGAGGAGAGCAGAUGGAGAGAGACGCGUACAUACUUGGCGGCCACUUAGCAAUAAUUUGGCAACUUUAUCUCGACGUGAGAGACUUCUUCACACACCCAUACUCGUAUUCUUUAGUUGGUGCGCCCGUGGUCUUGGCUAUCUGGGAAUAUCCAACGGUGUACAGCUACAUAUUGGAGGCAAAGAUAGAGAAAAGGCCGAUCGAAUACAAGCAAUUGUACUACGCGGUGAGAUCUACAAGGGCCUUGGAAUAUUUGACUUUGUUUCUAGAGGAUGAAACGGCUGCCAUAUUGAAGAUUAGUGACAGGUUCCCAAUAGAUGAUGCACGAAAUGCAAUACAGAAGAUGGCGUUGAUGAUACACGAUGAAACUCUUCAAUAUAUGCAGUAA